UCCCAGCUCUCCCUUCUCUUCAUCCUUUACCAUCCACAGCCCAUUUUGACACCCAGACAUGAUCUCCUCCACAUCUUCUCGUUUACCAGCCAUGGCGCUAUCCAUAUCAACCCUUCUCUUCCUCUUCUUCGUCGCCUCAUCCGCAGCGGACCUGUCCAGCAGCUGGAGAAGCGAGGAGGAGGUGAUGGGCAUGUAUCAGUGGUGGAUGGCCAAGCACGGAAAAGCCUACAACGGACUGGGAGAAAAAGAGAAGAGGUUUGAGAUAUUCAAAGAUAACCUCAAGUUCAUAGAUGAACACAACGCUCAAAAUCGCACCUACAAGGUAGGGUUGAACAGAUUCGCUGACCUCACCAACGAAGAGUACCGAGCUAUCUACCUGGGCACCAGGAGCGAUCCCAAGCGAAGAUUUGCCAAGUUGAAAAACGCCAGCCCGCGUUACGCCGUCAUGCCCGGCGAGGUUCUGCCGGAAUCCGUCGACUGGAGAGAGACUGGCGCCGUGAAUCCGGUGAAAGAUCAAAGAAGUUGCGGUAGCUGCUGGGCAUUCUCAACAGUAGCAGCAGUGGAAGGUAUAAACCAGAUAGUUACCGGCGAACUCAUCUCUCUAUCAGAGCAAGAGCUAGUAGACUGCGAUACAGAGUACGAUAUGGGCUGCAAUGGCGGUCUCAUGGACUAUGCUUUCGACUUCAUCAUCAAAAACGGUGGCUUGGACACUGAAAAAGACUACCCCUACACAGGCUUUGAUGGGGAAUGCAACUUGUCUGGGAAGAGUUCUAAGGUUGUUAGCAUCGAUGGAUAUGAAGAUGUUCCUCCCUUCGAUGAAAAGGCAUUGCAGAAAGCCGUGGCCCAUCAACCUGUGAGUGUUGCAGUUGAAGCGGGCGGCAGGGCUUUGCAGCUAUAUGUGUCGGGCAUAUUUACUGGUGAAUGUGGGACAGCGCUAGACCAUGGGAUUGUAGCUGUGGGAUACGGCACUGAAAAUGGUACGGAUUACUGGAUUGUGAGAAAUUCAUGGGGCUCCAGCUGGGGUGAGAAUGGCUACAUCAGGAUGGAGCGGAAUAUGGCUGACGCCUUCUCUGGAAAGUGUGGAAUCGCAAUGGAGGCCUCGUACCCCAUCAAGAAUGGAGAAAAUCCUUCCAAAACUUACUUGUCUUUUGGAACUGCUGGAGAAAAGAUCAGCAGUGCUUGAAAUGUCUUCCGGAUUUAUUUGGGCCAAGAAGGGAAAUGGGAAAAAGGAGUAAAGGCUAAAGAAUGAUGAUUGUGUUCAAAAUUGUGCUCUUGAUUCAUCAUACUUGCUACACGCUCCAUGCCCUCUUUUCCAUCUUGGUCUAACCGUCUAAGGUGGUCUUAUCUAUGCUUAUCGUAUGAUAAUUAUUGUAAAUACCAUUGGAUCUGCCCCAAACUGUGAUUGUCAUUCACUUUGAUUUCCUCUGUAACUCCAGUCUCCAUUCGCCCAGUUGCUUUCUUCGAAUUUCUGCUUGUUGGCUCAGAGCUUUCAUUCAAUAAACUUUUCUACUGUUGAAGAACUU